CACUAGACUGCCAGGAUGGAGGAACACAUCUCAGUGCCGUCACAGCUUGCAGCGCAGAGUUCUGAACGCGUGGGAGACGCAGCCCAGCAGCGCAGUGCUUUGUUUACACAAUUGCUUUACUCCAUCCAACAAGGUCAGGAACGUUCCUUCUCUGGGGUCUGUAAAAGUCCGCAUUUGAUCUGUGGGUGAUUUGUGGAAAAAGCAUAUUUUGUUUUUAAGAUAAAUUAUUUUUCUUGCUGCCAGCACAUGAACUCUGCUAUUGAAUGAUUCAGCCUGAAUUCAUAUCCCAUUGACAGUUAACAAGAUGAAGAAUAUUUUUUUAGAUGUGCUAACUGCAAUAAUCAGCACUCCCAGUAAGAUUAAAUCUUACAUGGAAGAACUUUUUGGUGGGCACCGCAAGGCCCGAUGCCGAAGGCACUGAAUCUCAUCCCACAGCCUGACUCUCAAGCUGAUGCCCUCCCCCCAUGCAGCAGUUGGUGUCCAAACUGUGAGACUGUUUCCAGUCAGGGCGGUGCGGCGGCGCGGCGGCCCGCGGCCCUCGGCGGCGGCCACAGCGCUGCCCGCCUGGCGGCUGUGCUGCGAGGGCGGCCGGCAGCGCUGGCGCUACCUGGGCGACGGCGACGAGGGCGAGGCGGGCGGCGAGCGGCGGGCGCAGACGGCGCUGGAGGAGCACAGCCUCGGCCUGGACACGGGCGAGGCGCUGCCGCCGUUGCCGGCGGCCGGCACGGCCCGGGAGGCUGCCCGCAAGGGCAUGGGGUUCUAUGCCGCCCUGCAGGCCGAGGAUGGGCACUGGGCGGGUGACUACGGCGGGCCCCUCUUCCUCCUGCCAGGUCUCCUCAUCACCUGCCACACUGUCAAGAUCCAGCUGCCGGAGGGGUUUCGGAAAGAGAUGGUGCGCUACCUGCGCUCUGUGCAGCUCCCAGACGGAGGCUGGGGCUUGCAUGUGGAAGACAAAUCGACGGUGUUUGGCACAGCACUCAACUACAUAGCCCUGAGGAUCCUGGGGCUUGGACCAGAUGACCCUGACAUUGUGCGGGCCCGUGUCAACCUGCACAGCAAAGGAGGUGCUGUGGGAAUCCCUUCCUGGGGGAAGUUUUGGCUGGCUGUCUUGAACGUUUACAGCUGGGAGGGAAUGAACACGCUUCUUCCAGAGAUGUGGCUGCUUCCUACGUGGUUCCCAGCCCACCCGUCCCGGCUCUGGUGUCACUGCCGCCAGGUUUACCUCCCCAUGAGCUACUGUUAUGCCAGGCGUCUGUCAGCAGAAGAGGAUGAGCUCAUACGGAGCUUGCGGCAGGAGCUGUACGUGCAAGACUACACCAGCAUAGACUGGCCAGCCCAGAGGAACAAUGUGGCUGCCUGUGAUGUGUACACCCCGCACAGCUGGCUGCUGGGGGUUGCCUAUGCCAUCAUGAAUGUUUACGAAGCCCAUCACAGCACUCACCUGCGGCAGCGAGCCAUCACAGAGUUGUACGACCACAUCAAAGCUGAUGACAGAUUCAGCAAGUGCAUCAGCAUUGGGCCGAUUUCCAAGACGAUCAACAUGCUGGUUCGCUGGUUCGUGGAUGGGAAGAACUCCCCAGCUUUUCAGGAGCAUGUUUCCAGGAUCCCCGAUUAUCUCUGGCUGGGCCUCGAUGGCAUGAAGAUGCAGGGCACAAAUGGAUCCCAGCUCUGGGAUACUGCCUUUGCCAUCCAAGCCUUCUUGGAGGCAGAAGCCCAGAAGAUGCCUGAAUUCACAUCCUGCCUCCAAAAUGCCUACGAGUUCCUCCAGUUCACCCAGAUCCCAGAGAACCCACCCGACUACCAGAAAUAUUAUCGCCAUAUGAACAAGGGUGGAUUCCCCUUCAGCACUCGAGACUGUGGCUGGAUUGUGGCAGACUGCACAGCAGAAGGGCUGAAGUCAGUUAUGCUGCUGCAGGAGAAGUGCCCCUUCAUAGCCAAGCUUGUCCCCCCUGAGCGCCUCUUUGAUGCUGUGAAUGUGUUGCUGAGCAUGAGAAACUCUGAUGGAGGCUUUGCCACAUAUGAAACUAAGCGAGGAGGCCACUUACUGGAGCUGCUGAACCCCUCAGAAGUGUUUGGCGACAUCAUGAUCGACUACACCUACGUGGAGUGCACAUCGGCUGUCAUGCAGGCACUGAGACACUUCCACAACAAGUUCCCUGAGCACAGAGCCCCAGAGAUCAGGGAGACUCUGCAGAAGGGCCUGGACUUCUGUCGCAAGAAGCAGCGAGCUGAUGGGUCAUGGGAAGGGAGCUGGGGGGUUUGUUUCACCUACGGCACCUGGUUUGGUCUGGAGGCGUUUGCCAGUAUGCAGCACACAUACUGUGAUGGGGCUGCAUGCCGAGAGGUGGCCCAGGCCUGCCAGUUCCUCCUCUCCAAGCAGAUGGCAGAUGGUGGGUGGGGAGAGGACUUCGAGUCAUGCGAGCAGCGCACGUAUGUGCAGAGCGCCAUGUCGCAGAUCCACAACACAUGUUGGGCCCUGCUGGGGCUCAUGGCUGUCAGGUACCCCGACACUGAUGUGCUGGAGAGAGGCAUCAAAGUGUUGAUUGACAAGCAGCUGCCCAACGGGGACUGGCCUCAGGAGAAUAUUGCUGGGGUAUUCAACAAGUCGUGUGCCAUCAGUUACACUGCGUACCGCAAUGUCUUCCCCAUCUGGACGCUAGGGCGUUUCUGCCGGCUGCAUCCCAACAGCCCUCUUGCUGGGCAACUGCAAUCUGCAUCCUCAGCUGGGAUGGGGAAGACCAUGCAGGAGGCCUUGUCUGCCUGAAGCCUGGGCCAUUGCAGAUGCUGUGGCCUCUGACUUGUCCUAGAUAUCGGCUGCUGCAUGGGGCCAUGGGGGUGUUUGCUGCAUAGGAUAUCUCAGUGCUGAUCUUAACACAUGGACUGCUGCAUCUGCCAAGGAGGAGUGCUGUUGUGGUGCUGCAGAGUCUCUGCGUUCUGUUGAACCUCUUCUAAAACUCCACUUUUAAAGGUUUUUCCCAGGUAUAUCCUCCCUCACGGGAUGGGGAGUGAAGUGCCUUUUCAGACCUGUUUUGUGAUCUGAGAAGAGAAAGCUGCCAAGCUGUGUUUAUUACACAUCUAGACAGACUCUCAUCAAGGGUGGAGCAAGGCUGCCUUUAUCUUCCCCUUGUGCUGUCCAGGUUGGCUGUCUGCAGCAAGAGUGUGGGAUUUGGGGCCUCCCCUGUGCCCAGCAGAUGGGGUGCACUGCACAAUCCCUGCUGAACUGGCCUCCGUGCUGCACCCUGCCAGGCCCCACCACUGGCUGCCAGCUGCCCUGUGUGAGGGCAGCCGAUCUGAGAAGACCAGCUUUGCUUUGUGUCCACUAGAAACAGAGAAUUUCUGUGUUUUUCACACUGAGAACAGAUGUGCUACUGUUGUGGGGCCAUGACACUCCAUGGGGAAACAGGAAAGAUGGCUGUUCCUUGCCGUGGGGAUGUGUUGAAGUCCUGAAUGCAUCAGCUCGGUGCUAACCUGAACUCCCAAGUCAAGCUCACCAGCAGGAUGGAUUUGAUCAGCUGCAUACAGGCCACCUGGAAAAAAAACAACCAGCCACACACACAAAAGAGAGAACUUCUGAGCAUGGACUGGAAGUCAGGGGUUCAGGACUUACUAGGAGGCCAGAAGACAGCACACAAAGCAGCAGCAGAAAAAAGAAGUAAAGCCAAAGGCAUUUCAUCCCCACCAAAUUCAUCCUGUGACAAGCCCUCCAGCUCCUGUGUUAGAUUCCAAGUGCCGUGCCCACAAGAACCUGAGGAAUGAAGUACCUUCAGCACCACUGAGGUUCCACUCUCCAGGCUAUCCAAUGGGGGCUCAAGUUGCUCUCCAGGCCAUUCAUUUCUGCUCUUUUAGUGAAAAGCCUCCAGAACAUGCAAUGAGAAAGGAUCAGCAGUUACCCCACAAACCAGGACAGGAGUGCGCAUGUGCAGACCCAUUGUAAAAUGAAGAGUGAGAGUCAGAAGAGAGACUCCACUGAGAGGCCACUAACAGUUGAAAGCUCUAGGGCAGCAAAAGGCAGGACUUCCACCACCGUGUACACGUGUUUGGUUUGAGGCAGGACACAGAGGGUACACAGGCCCUUCGCAGCAUCUAUCAUCAAGCAAGGGACUUCGAUAUCAACAGCGCUUGCCAGGAGCAGCAUCCCCUCUUUUGUACCCAGCAGUGCUUUGCUUCCUAACUAAGCAGAAAAGAAAGUUGGAAACAAUGUCUGAGAUCAGGCCAGCUCUAAAAAAGAGUCCAAUGGGAAUGCCUCAUGAUGGAAAAUGCUCUGAGGAAUAACCAUGAGAAAACACUUGCUCCAAAACCUUGUCCAAAUGUCUAUGUUACCCUUGUUUCUGACAGGGGACAAGGAGUGACAAGAAAGGGAGUGAUGCAUCUCAAACCACACACUACCAGCAAGAGAAAGGCUUCAAGUGAAACUUAAGACCCCAGGAGCCACAGAAGGAACGUAUGGACUUGGGAGGAAACAGAGCCUCUCUGUUUACCCAAGGAGAGCGGGGAAGAGCACGCACAGGGACGAGGAAGUGCCCCAGCUCAUUCACAGGGAAGGGAAAACAGGUGUCCACUGCACAGGAGUGUAAAAUAAUAUUUAAAAACCCACAGAUGCAGAGAAAGACAAAGAGGAAGAAAUACUGAAGUGCAUCAAGCCCUCAUAGAUAAGAGGCAUAAUCAGGAGCAGAGUAAGCCACAGAAGAGGGCACAGCAGCUGAAGUCUCACAGGCCUGGACAAAUACAUGGAAAGUAUUUUCUAAGUCCCAGAAAAAAUACAUGAUGGUGAUGGUACCAGGAAAUGUACAGUAGAGGAAAAAGCAAAACAAGCAAUGUGAUGAUAACAAAGAUUUACUAAAAAGCAGGAAUCUUCCACCAGCAUUUUCCCUCCCCAUUCCAGCACCUGUCCUGAGAUAUCCUGGCAGACACCACACGGCUGGAGCUGUGGCUGUGUGAGGUUGUCUCUGGACACUGGACAAGGCUUUUACCUGGUUGUGUAUAAAAGCUUUCAGGCAUCA